AGAAGAACAGCCCUGGUCGCUAGAGAGCUCGCAAGAUUUAACAUCGAUAUUGCAGCCUUGUGUGAAACUCGUCUAGCCAACGAAGGUCAGCUCACAGAAAUAGGGGGUGGUUACACAUUCUUCUGGUGUGGACGUAGCAGUGAUGAACGUCGUGAAUCUGGAGUUGGCUUUGCGGUUAAGAAUCAACUUGUCCGCAAAUUUGCCAGUCUUCCCAAGGGUGUGAACGACCGACUCAUGACACUGCAUCUUCCACUACCGAGAGGAAAGCAAGCUAUACUAAUCAGCGCUUACGCACCCACAAUGACGAAUCCGGAUGAAGUAAAGGACAAGUUUUAUGAAGAUCUUGAUGCCCUACUCUCAUCCGUGAAGCGUACCGACAGGCUGAUUCUACUUGGCGAUUUUAACGCGAGAGUAGGAUCUGAUCACUCUGCCUGGGAUGGCGUCAUUGGAAAAAAUGGAAUCGGCAAAUGUAACAGCAAUGGCCUACUACUCCUGAAGACAUGUGUGGCUCAUGAUCUGAUCAUUACCAAUACCAUCUUCCGCCUGCCCACUCGCAAAAAGACGUCCUGGAUGCAUCCACACUCCAAGCACUGGCAUCUCAUUGAUUAUGUCAUCGUGCGGAGGAAAGAUAGACAGGAUGUAAGGGUGACUAAGGCCAUGCCGAGUGCUGACUGUUGGACUGAUCAUAGACUCAUCAUCUCUAAAUUAAGCCUUUACAUCAAGCCAAAGAGACGUCCGCAGGGAAACAGAGCUGUGGUGAAAAAGAUUAACGUCAGUAAACUGAGGAACCCCAAUACAGCAGCUUUACUAGCAGAAGAUCUUGACAACCAACUCUUAGAGCUGCAAUUAGAGGAAAAUGCUGAGAAGGACUGGGAACGCUUCCGGAAUAUUGUGCACUCUUCUGCACUAAAGGUUCUUGGACCCUCACACAGGAAACAGCAGGACUGGUUUGAUGAAAACGAUGAAGAGAUCAAGGCCUUACUUGCUGAAAAGCACCGCCUUUACCGUGCUAAGAGGAAAGGAAAUCGAAAAGUCUGCGACAAUCAUAGAGGAAUAUCAUUGCUUUCCAGCGCAGGCAAGAUCCUUGCACGAGUGUUGCUGAAUCGCCUGAUUGACCACCUGGAACAGGGUCUAUUACCCGAGACACAGUGCGGCUUUCGUAAAGAGCGUGGCACUGUGGACAUGAUCUUCGCAGUCCGACAGCUCCAAGAGAAGUGUCAAGAGCAGAAUCGUGAACUGUACACCAUCUUUGUGGAUCUCACUAAGGCUUUUGACACUGUCAGUCGUGAAGGUCUGUGGCGUAUCAUGUCGAAGUUUGGGUGCCCUGAUAGAUUCAUCCUGAUGGUACGUCAGUUCCACGACGGCAUGACGGCUCGUGUUCUGGACGACGGAGAAGCUUCAGAGGCCUUUCCCGUCACAAAUGGCGUCAAGCAAGGGUGUGUGUUGGCACCGACCCUGUUCAGCAUGAUGUUUUCAGCCAUGCUGUCAGACGCCUUUCAGAACAGUUCCUUGGGAGUCAGCCUGAGAUACAGGACUGAUGGGAAACUGUUCAACCUGCGAAGACUCCAGGCUGUCACCAAGAUAAAGGAGACUGCAGUGGACCAAUUUACAUACCUUGGCAGCACCCUCUCCCGCGCAGUGACAAUUGACAUCGAGGUCAACUGCAGAAUCGCCAAGGCAAGCUCUGCAUUUGGCGGACUGCUGACCAACGUGUGGGACCGCUGUGGAAUAAGCCUUGCUACAAAGCUUAAAGUCUACCAAGCAGUAGUGCUAACUACCUUGAUGUAUGCCAGUGAGACCUGGACUGUAUACAGGAGGCACGCUAGGCAAUUGAACCACUUCCACACGACUUGCCUCCGCAGACUUCUGAGGAUUCGGUGGCAGGAUAAGGUGCCUGACACAGAAGUCCUUUCCAGAGCAGGCCUGCCGUCAGUUUACACUCUGCUUAUGAAAGCCCAGACACGCUGGGCAGGCCAUGUUGUAAGGAUGCCAGACCACCGCAUCCCCAAACAGCUCUUCUAUGGUGAGCUGUCUCAAGGAAAGCGAUCGCAUGGGGGACAAAAGAAGCGAUACAAAGAUACG